AUGGUGCUGCUCAUCAUUUACCAGGUCGCGCUCUGCACGAUACCGUACACGAUGCUGUACAAGUUCGCGCCGUUCGCGAUAAUAAACAAGUUCGUACUUUGCAAGAUACCGGAUUCGGUGCUAAUUUACAAGUUCGUGUUGUACCAGGUGGGCGAUUCGACGCUCCAACCGAUGAUGUACACGAUGCUGCUCGCGAUGUACAACUGCGUGCUGUACAAUUCACUGUACACGAUGCUGAUGUACAACACCGUGCUUUACCAGGUGCUGUGCCCGAUGCUGCAUACGAUGCCGUACGCGAUGGCGACCGACCCAGCAGCGCGGAGGGCCCUCCGGCCCUCCGCGGUCCUCUCGCCGGACGGCUCCACGGUGCACCUGGCGCCGCCCGCCGUGGGAGGUCUGGCGGGCGCAGCUGGGCCGAUCCUGGCGGCCGCCUGUGCGGCCUGGGGCUCCCCUGGAUGGCCCGCGAGCGGCCCGGGCACCGACGGCCCCAGCGCGCUGCAGCCACCAGCUGCGCCGCGCCAGCCAGACGGCAGCGCCCAGUCUGGGAAUUUGCAGAACACCACCCCAGCCCGCGUCGCUGGACUGGCCUACGCGAGCGAGCUGGCGCCAGAACGCGAGCCGAUUGCGACCUUCGCCGCCGUCCCGCUCGCGGACGACCCAGCGCUUCCCGGGCGCUCGGCUGGAGCUGGUACGGAUGCCCUUACUUUCGCUAGCAGCCGAGGUCGCCUGCAGUGGCAGCCUGGAAGCCAGGCAGAGGCCAGCAAAGAAGCUCCGCACCGCACCAAUGGCCAGCACUCCUUGUGGCGGCCAGGGAGCCCAGCUGGAGGUGGCGUGGACUCCCCAGGGCGCUCGAGCGGCUGGGAGCCCUUGCUGCGGGCCAGCAGCCCUGGCUGCGGCGCCAGAGCUAGCACGGAUGCACUGGAGCGCACGAACGGCACGGAGCCCUUGCAGCGGCUAGGGACCAGCAUGGCGGGAGCUUGCACACAAGGCCACGACCGCGCGAGCGGCUGGGAGCCGCCGCAGCAACAGAGCAGCCCAGCUGGAACUCGCACAGACGCACUGGGGCUCGCGAAUGAUUGGGAGCCCCUGCCGCGCCCAGAGGGCAGCAUGGCGCGAGCUUGCACACCGGGCCAUGAUCGCAUGAGCGGCUGGGGGGCCCUGCAGCAGCAGAGUAGCCUGGCUGGAACCAGCACGAAUGCCCUGGGGCGCGCGAACGGCUGCGAGUCCCUGCAGCGCCCAGGGGGUAUCAUGGCAUUAUCUUGCACACUGGGCCAUGACCGAACGAGCGGCUGGGAGCCCCUGCAGCGGGCUGGCAGCCCAGCUGGAGCUGGCAUGGACGCCAUGGGGCGCGCGAAGCCCCUGCAGCGGCCAGGGAGCAGCCUGGUUGGAGCCAGCACUGACGCCCUGGGGUGCGCGAACGAUUCGGAGCCCUUGCAGCACACAGGGAGCACCAUGGCGGGAGCUUGCACACUAGGCCAUGAUCGCCCGAGUGGUUUGGAGCCCGUGCAGCGGGCUUGCAUCCCAGCUGGAGCCGGCACGGACGCCAUUGGGCGCGCGAACGGUUGGGAGCCCCUGCAGCGGCCCGGGAGCAUGGCGGGCCAUGAUCGCGUCAGCGGUUUGGAGCCCCCGCAGCAGCAGAGCAGCCUGGCUGGAGCCAACACGGACGCCCUGGGGCGCGCAAGUGGUUGGGAGCCCUUGCGGCGGCCAGGGAGCAUGGCGGGGACCUGCACACCUGGCCAUGACCGCGCGCGCGGCUGGGAACCCCUGCAGCGGCUGGGGAGCCCAGCGCUGGCGGCAGGCAACCCCAGCGGCGGCACGAGCGCAUGGGACCCUGGAAAGUUGCCAGCGAGUUUCGGCGAGGUCCCCUCGGACUGGACGGCGCAGGCCGCGUGGCAUGGCCUGUGGGAGGGCCGAGCAGUGCCGGCCAGCGGCAGUCGCUCGCCAUCGAGGUGGCAGGCAGACGCAACGUGCGGGCAGUGGGGCGGCAGCAGAUCGCCAUAUUUGGCGGAGCCAGUCGCGGUCGCCGCGUCGCGCCUGGAGUCCGCAGGCGAGCUGCGCUGGUUUGGAGGGGCGCCACUGUGCAGGGAGCGUGACCUGGGUGGGUAUUUUGCUGCGGGCCACUUCGCCCUCCAACCACUGGGAGAUUUUCAGCCGGGGGACCUCUCCGCCACCAUACUGCCGGAGCACAGCGCGCAGUGGGCCGGCGGCGAGCUCCCCCGCCGGCAGGACAAUGGACUGUCGGGGUCCUGGGAAAAGGGUGGCAUCGUCAUUAGCAGCACGCAGCACCGGACGCGCGAUGCCGUCGUGACGUCAUCGCCCCCGAGGGGCCUGGCGAGCCCCCUGGCGACCACCGCGCUCUGCGAGGACACCGUCUUCCAGCUGUCGGCCUCGCGCUCCUCGCUGGGGGCGCAGAGCUCCGUGGCCGCCACGCCGUUCGAGCCCGCAGCGCUGCAGGCGAUGUCGCCCUCCUUCCUGCAGGAGCAGCUCCUGGACCUGGGGCCAUCCCGCCCAGCGUUGGAGGCCGCCGCGGCCGCCGGUCCGCCCGCGGCCCAGCAAGCCGCGUCGCCGUCCUUCCUGGGGGAGCAGAGCCCCCCCGGCUCCGCCCUCCGCGAGCCCGUCGCGCGCGGGGCGCUGUCGCAGACGGUGCCCGGAGGGCAGCCGAGGAGCGCUUGGGCGGAGGCGCCGCCCCCGCGAGGGGACCUCUUCGACCAGCUCGACGCGAACGGGGACGGCGUCAUCAGUCGAGCGGAGUGGAGCCAGGCGAGAUGGCUGCCUGCCGCCGCUGGUGAGCAGGCCGUGCGGCAGCCGGGCUGCGGGCUCGACGAGGCCUCUGCUCUCACGACGGGCACGCCGUACGUAGCCAACGCGCACUCCGCCGCGGGCAUGUCGAGGCCGUGCGGCAGCGUGAACGCCACCGUCGAGCUGUACACGAGCAGGCCUAUAAGCAGCAAAGUCGUCACCUUCGGGCUCUCCACGAGCAGGCUUAUCAGCAGCAAGAUCGCCACCGUCGAGCCCAUCGCGAGCAGACCGUUGAGUAGCGAGACCGUCGUUAUCAGGCUCGUCACGAGCAGGACCCUCACCGUGGCAUCGCUCGGCAUGGGCGAGGAGGGUCUGCUGUCCAAGCCCACCAACGCGGAGCGGAAGGAGACUGGGGCCAGGCUCCAGGGCGGCGCUGGCAAGCUGCGAGCCCCCUGGCCGCUGCCGGUGGAGAGCAGCGCCCGGGAGGGCACGAAGGGCAAGGGACCAGGCCCGCAGACCACUGGCACGGAGGCGGCUCCGAAGCCGUCGAGCGCCGCGGACAUCCUCGCCAGCUUCCGGAGCGGCUGGAGGGCCAGGGUCCAGGCGCUCCCCAAGCCCGAGGAGGGCAGCGCAGCCGCGGAGGCCAGCGGCGGCGGCCCAGGGGACGCCGAGCAGGCCAGCGGCGGCCGCGACAGCGCGGCCAGGCCCGCGGGAGCCGACGGCGCGCGGCCUCCGGGCGCCCGUGGGGGCGGCGGCGCCCAGGAGCACGAUCGUAAAGACGACCACGCUGGCGACCGCGGCCGCCACGACAGCAGCGACCGCGGCCGCGGCCAGCGCGUCCAGGGCCGCGACGAGCCAGGCAACAGCCGGGGCGGAGGCGGCAGGCGAGGUCCAAGUCCUCAGAAGAGCCGCCGCCAGGAGAACGACCACCGCAGCAGGCGGAGCAACCUGAUCAAGGUGACGGGCGUUCCCCGCGACCUCUCCGAGAACGAGAUCCGCGAGGUCUUCGAAUCGGAGGCAGGGCCCGUCGGCAGCUGCGAGCUCGAUCGCGGCACGGCCUACCUGCGGUUCAAGCGCCCCGAGCACGCCGCCAAGGCGGCAGACAUCUUCGACAGGGGCGAGCUGAAUGGCAAGGUCAUCAAGGUGACAGUGGAGGAGUACUACACCCAGAAUGCCAUCUGCAGGCAGAAUUUCUGCGUGAACCCAGUGUUCCCGGGCCUCAACGACCUCUCGCUCCUGGAGCAGUUGGUCUGGCAAUGCAGCUCACACGCUCAGGUCACGAACUACCUGGAGUUCUGCAAGGGCGUCGUGAAUUACGACCCCGCGCUGCCGUCCCCGAAGAGCACUGCCAAGCCCAUGGACGCAAUCGUGAAGGCCCAGGACGACGCGGCGUCGACGAUGUACUUCUACCACCUCAGCGGCAUGGGUUACGAGGCGUGGGACCAUCCCGUCCCGUCGCAGAGCGACGACAAGUGCGUCCAGAGCAUCUGGCGCAUGGUGUGCUUCACGUACUUCCCGAAAGCACAGGCUGGCUGCACCAGCGGACUCGCAUCGCCCUACCAGCGUCCUUGCGCUGGACCUUGCCACAAUUACGUGCAGGCGUGCGGCGUCGAGUGUUGCGACGAGAGCCUGCAGUGCGCAUUCAAGCACGAGGUGAAGAGUACUAGCGAGAAGGGCGUGUCCAUGCUACAGACGGGCUACGUCGACGAACUGGGGCCUUCCGCGGAGUGCACUGGCCACUACGAGAGCGCCGGCGGCCGCGCUGGUGCUCCGCUCGGUCUGCUGCUGGCCAUCCUGGGCCUCCACUUGGCGGCGAGCGCCGAGGGCAGCCCUGGCAGCGCCGGCCACGCGAAGGUCCCGAGAGGCUUCCUGGUCGCCGGCAUCCUUGCGGCGUGUUGCGUGUUGCUCACCGGCUGCUCGAUGGACAUGCCGUACCACAACACCGCGAAUUGGCGCAAGCAGCAGAAUUAUUUGGUGGCCUACGAGUACGUGCCACAAGGGCAGGAUUCGUCGUCUGCGAUCCUGAACUCGUGCGCCGACCUCAGUCUGCCAGCUACGUCGCAGUGCUCUGGGCACGGCUACUGCAAGGAGUGGAACCCCAAGAACCUGCAGAAGGCGGCGGUGUCCUUCUGCAUGUGCGAGCGCGACUGGGCCGACCCCGAGUGCGGCACGCGCCGGAAGUCCCAGACGAAGGCAUUCUUUCUGUCGCUGUUCGGAGGCGUGUUCGCACUGGACUACUUCUACCUCGGUUUUCCGCUCUGGGGCUUUGCCAAGUUGGGCACGUUCGGCGGCCUUGGCUUUUGGUGGCUGGUCGACAUCAUCCGCACUGGUGCUGGGCCUGUCUACGGCCACGACUACCGCGUGGCCAACGAUCUCCCGCACUGGGUCUUCGUGCUUGUGACCAUCACCGCCUUCAGCGCCGCGGGGUUCCUGUACUCUCUGGACUCCUACCUGAGCUUCCGCAAGAAGAAGCGUGAUAUGAUGAUGAAGCUGCACGAGGGCGAGGAGGCGCGCUCCUCCGUCCCGACCGAGAUGGUGGACGGGCCCAGGUUCCGUGCGCCGGUCGCGCCCGGCGGCGCACAGUACGGUGGGACGCCGCGCCCCUGGAGCGGCUACGGUUCGACCACGGGGCCGCUGCCCAACGCCGGCGCGCCGUACGGCAGGUUCUGA